CACAUUCAUUAGCCAGAUUGUGAAGGAUGACGAACAGAACAAAGCAGCUCAGUAGAAGAUCAAUGUAAAGUGGAUUCGAUAUCGCGAAAAUAAUUAAUAGAAAGCCACACAAAAUUAUGCCUCUAUCCAAGAAUUAUGUGAUUCCAGCGCUGCUUCUGGCCAUCUUGCAUUAUAGCCAUGGUUCUUAUGAGGAAGUUCUUACCGUGGGACGCAGUGGCACGUUGCGUUACCAGCCCACAGAGCUAACCUCAGACCAAGUGCGCUCCUUUGCGGUGCUCUCGGAUCCGCAGAACUUAAGGCAGACGGUGCAAAGGAUCGCAGUGGAGCGAGUUGUGGGUACACCGGGUCACGCCGCAGUGCGGGACUACAUCACCGCCACACUUAAGGCGCUGGGAUGGCACGUGAAGCUGGAUAUCUUCAACGGUCAGGUGCCCAUCCUGGGCUCCGUGACCUUCCACAAUAUCGUGGCCAAGCUGAACCACAAGGCCCGGCGAUACCUGAUGCUGGGCUGCCACUACGACAGCAAGUACUUUGAGCAAUCAGAGUAUGUGGGUGCCACGGAUGCGGCGGUUUCCUGUGCCCUGAUGCUCAACAUGGCCCAAGUGCUGCAGAAGCAGCUGGCGGACUUGCGGCGGGCCGAGAUCAGUCUGUUGUUUGUGUUCUUCGACGGCAAGGAGGCCGUUGGGAGCUGGUCCGAUGAGGACUCAUCGCUUUACGGCUCCCGACACCUAGCGCAGCGGAUUUAUGAGCGGAACCAGCUGGAUUCCAUUGAUCUUUUCGUACUGCUAAACCACAUUGGGGCCAAAGGCGCUUCCUUCUACAGCCACAUUCCCACCACAUUGGGCUGGUACCAGCGUCUGGUUCAAAUGGAGAAGAAGCUCUCCAGAGCAGGGCUGCUAAAAGCGCAUCGGUCCUACUUCCAUUUCAUCGCCAGAGACGAUCCGCGGGACGACCAUGUGCCCUUCCUCAAUCACCAGGUGCCCGUCGUCCAUCUGAUGGCGAAGGACUCUCUACAGUUGCACCACAAGGUCACCGAUGUGGCGGACAGAGUGGACUACGACAGCACAGAGCAAGUGGCUCUGGUUAUUCGGCUGUUCAUCCUCGAGUAUCUGCUGUCGGCUUCAAUAUCCUCCGGCAGCAAUCUCAGCGCCCAGCUGCUCCCCAUCCUCGGUCUGGCUAUGGCCCUGCUCUCGAUGGCUGCCCUGUGUCUGUCCUGAGCAGAGACUUAUGACUUGUCCAGGCAACCGAAUCGUAUCAAAUUUCCAUCCAUCCUUUUGCUCGCCCCAAAAAAGGCCACUGGGGCCACAGGCAACACUCGAAAUUUAUGUACGCUCUCCACUCUCGUUGAAAACAACACAAAAGUUAAUUAAACUUGAAAAUAAUAAAAGCAAAGCAACGCAAAGACCAGAACAGGACAGAACAGGACAGGAUAGGACAGGCCAGGCCCAGAACAGAGGCGGCAGCAGCAGCAGCAGCAGGAUGAGGAAUGAAUGUGGAGGAAUAUAAUGAAACACAAAAAGUGUACAUCAGAGCCAGCGGGCACCAAAUGGCUGACACGGGCACUGGCAAUACACUCACCGAAAAAAUAUACAAAUCAAUCAGAAACACAUUAAUCUAUAGAAAUCCAACAACAAGGAAGUUUCAAAAGUUUCAAUAUCAAAAUGUUAUAAAAGAAUUAAAAAUAGUAAAUAAUAGAAUUAUCUAUGCUAGAAAAUUGUUGUAUUGGUUCUGUGUCUAUGAAAUUUU